UAUCUCGAAUUUUACGAGUCUUGAAUAACCGGCGCAGCAUCCUCGUUUUUUACACCUCAUUUUCCGGUUCCCGAUAUAUCCCCGCACUCUCACAGCACACAUCUCUCAUCUGUCCCCGCCCAGCCCGGCCCAUUCCCUACUUGGUCUUACAUAGAAGGUGACUCGUAGCAAACUUCUACUUAUCUGUGGAAUUCCUUCUUUAGACUAAGAAAUUCAUCAGCUCUUCCUUCCAUUUUCUCCUGUUUCAAUUCCAUAUCUUCUCUGUUUUCUCGUUCAAUAAUCCCACUCUUUCAUGGGCACACCUUGUUUCAUGGGUUAUGAUACGAGUUUUUGAGAGAAUAAAGAGAGGGGGGGAAAAGAAAAGAACUUUGCGAGGUACCCACAUGCAGUUUCUGCUUCAAUUUUGUUUUUUGGUUGUUGUUUGCUCUGCUUUCGAGUUGCACAAGAUAAUUUUGCAGGUGUUUUUGUGGUUGUUUCUGAUGGAUUUUGCUUCAUGCUUGAAGCUUUUAACUCGAAGUAGUGAAUUUAAAGGUGGGUUUUUGUUGCUUGGUUGUUUCUCACCGGCUUUCAAUAUUUUUGGGUUGUUCUUGGUGUUUGGUCUGGGGUUGAAGUUGUUGAAAUUUACUUGGCAGGGUAAGGGCUUGAUUCCCUUUUUAUGUGAGAUUAGAGGGAAAUCAGGGUAUAAAAAAUGUGGAUUCUGUUUAAAAAAGGGUUUUGAUAAAGUAUGUUAUUCAAAGAUGAUGUCUUUCAGGUGUAGUUCGCUGAAAUUGUUGGGGAAUUCAAAGUCAAGAAAUAAGGAUGAUUUGUUGGUAAGCAAAGAGCCUCCGAAUCCAAAUGGUGUUGCUGUUGUUGAUUAUUAUAAAUCUGAAAGAGAAUGGGAUGAUGAUGAUGAUGAUGAAAGAAAAUGUUGUGUUGAAGAUGAGGAAUUUGAUGCAAUUGCUCUGAGGAGAUUGGUCAAAAAAGAGCGGCAUAGAGCAGACAUGGUUUAUACAGAACUUGAGAAGGAGAGAAUGGCUUCUGCAUCAGCAGCUGAUGAAGCAAUGGCAAUGAUUUUACGGCUUCAAAGCGAGAAGAGCUCCAUGGAGAUUGAAGCCAAUCAGCAACGUAGAUUGGCAGAGCGUAAGCUAGAAUACGAUCAAGAAAUGAUUGAAUCACUGCAAUGGAUUUUAAUGAAACAUGAGUCUGAAAGGACUGUGCUAGAGGAAAAGUUGAGAUGGUGUGAAGAAAAGUUGAAGCAGUAUAUGAAGAGUGGUGAAGUUGAUCAAUUUCAAGGGUCUUAUGCCAGUUCGAGUUUUGAUGUUGAAUCCGCUAUGGAAGAGGGUUUUGUAGACGUGCAAACAGACUUGGUUGAAGAGGACUUCGCACUUUUAGUUUGCACAGAUACACACAAAGCUUAACUGAGCAUUAAAGCAGUAUCAGCAAGAAGUCCAAUUCCAAGUACCCUGGCAUGUCAAGGUGAGGGAACCUAAACUUAUGGUAGCGGAGCUGGAGUGGAAUUCGAGCUCUCCUUCGGUGGCAUGUCAAAAUUGCCAUCUCGUUACUUUCAAAGGCAAAUCGAGAUUCGGGAAACAACUAAAAAGACUCAAGAAAAUCAAUAACCUUUUACUCAGUAGUAACGGAGUUGUCUUUAAAACUGUGAAGUCUUUAAUUUGAAUCUCAAUAAGAGCCAAUUGUAUAAAAGAAAAAAGAGAGAAGGCUCAAGAAACACUUGCUCCAAGUGAUGCGCUGAUAUAGCAUCGGCUAUACAGUCAAUACUUUUCCUUCUUAAAUGUGACAGGAAAUUCCUUCUAUGCACCCAGGUGUGUAAAUCAAUUUAUACACAAAUUCAAUUAGAAA